AUGUCUCGUAAUGUUCUUGUUACUGGUGCUGCAAGAGGUAUUGGACAAGCAAUUGCACUUCGUCUUGCUAAAGAUAGUUUCAAUGUUGCUGUUAAUGAUAUCGAGAGUAUGUCUCAAGAAUUACAUGAUACUCAAAAAGCAAUAGAAAAACUUGGACGAAAAUCGAUUUCAGUUAUCGCUGAUGUUUCAAAUGACAAACAAGUUGAAGCGAUGAUGAAGAAAGUAGCAAUAGACUUAGGAAGUAUAGAUAUUGCCGUGGCUAAUGCUGGAAUAGCACAAGUGAAACCUUUUAUCGAACUAACAACUGAAGAUUGGGAUAGAAUGUUUGCUGUAAAUAUGCGUGGAGUAUUUCUUUGUUAUAAAGAAGCAGCAAAAAUAAUGAUCGAACAAGGAACAGGCGGAAAAAUUAUAGGUGCAUGUAGUAUCUCUGGAUACAAAGCAUCUCCCUUGUUAAGUCAUUAUUCUGCUACUAAAUGGGGUGUUCGUGGUCUUACUCAAGCUGCUGCUAUGGAAUUAGCUAAACAUAAAAUUACAGUGAAUGCUUAUUGUCCUGGCAUUGUUGAUACUGAAAUGUGGAAUUUAAUUGAUGAAAAAUUAGGAAAAUAUGAAAAUAAGAAGAAAGGAGAAGUUAUUAAAGAAUAUUCAAAUAAAUUAAUUGCUCUUGGACGUACAAGUGUUCCAGGCGAUGUUGCAAAUUUUGUUUCAUAUCUUGCUAGUAAAGAUUCAGAUUAUAUGACUGGACAAAGUAUUUUGAUUGAUGGAGGAAUUGAAUUUUCUUAA